UAAAGCAGCAUAUAAAAGAAGCCAGAAAAGCAUUCAGGAAAGCAUUCAGCUAAGGGAAGCAUUCAGCUAAGGGAAGGCAAACUGCACUGAGGUUUAUCUCCAUGGAGAAAUCAACUGGCAAGCUAAACAGUGAAAAUGAGUCAACAACUCCUGGAGUACCGCAGCUUGAAAAGGGUAGUCCUGAGCCCGCCACAGAAUGUACUUCAGGAACGAGCACAGCAGGACCUCUAAUAGAAAAUGCCGCGGAUGUGAAGAAACUGGGAUUCACUGAAGAGCGCGCUAAAGAAACGGAGAGACUACCAGGCACAGAGUUAGACAGUCCUGAUGGCUUUAAACCAGCAGCUUCAGAAAGAGACUGUCUAAACUCAAAGCCUCCAACUAUGGUAAUGAACUUUUCAAUCUCUUCUGAAGUAUUGAGUUCUGAAACGUGUUCACCCAAAACAUCUAUUGCAGAUAUGGACUGUCUAGUCUGCUUCAACAGGUACAACAUUUACAGAGUACCAAAGCUCCUGGACUGCCAGCAUGCUUUCUGUGCAGUCUGCCUCAAGCUUAUUCUUAGGAAAGAUGACAGGACCUGGAUAAUCACUUGCCCGCUGUGCAGGAAAGAGACUGCUGUGUUAGGAGGACUCAUCCGCACACUUCACGAUAAAGAUGACAUCAUGGACCACUUGGAAAACCCUAAUUUAACUCCUGAGAUACAUAUUUCCCCCACAGGGCUGGACAGCAAUAGUUGGACUCAGACCAGCCAAGACGCUUUAUACGGAGAACAAAAUAUUCCAGCAGACAACAGACUGGCUAUCCAGAGACUGGCGCUGCUCUUGCUGCUUGUCGUGAUUCUUACUAUCCUCAUCCUCCCAUUUCUGUACUUUGGGCUGAUAAAAUGGGUAAUUUGUCUUAUGCUUACACUGGGAGUGAUCAUGUCUUUGGUGCUUUGCUGCAAUCCUAAAUUCUACUUUAGCUGUAAUGGGAACUCCCUCACCUCCUGCCACAAGGAGACCAACAUCCCUGCCACUGCUUGAAAUGACCGAUGAGAGCUGCCUGGAGAUGAUGGACUAGCGCUAUCUGCAAAGCUGCACGCGAGAAGCACUGAUCAGUUAUUAGACUUUGAAAGCAAUCAUUCAUGUAAUAAAUUCACAAAAUGUGGCUAAGUUAUCCCGCUAAGGCUCAAUGCCAAUACACAUCAUUGCUCAAUUUUAUUACCUGAAACAUAGCAAAAUAUUUAUAUGUAGUAUUUUUCUCAGAUAAAAUUUCAAGCUUUUCAUUAUUUGUACCUCGGACUAGUAAUUUUGUUGUUUUGCUUUUGUCAUUUUGUUCUUGUUUGUGUCAUCUCUGGAUCAGUGCUGCAGAAUAUUAUGCGAAAUGCCUGACAGACGUUAUCCUGCAAAAAUCUCUAUCUGCUGUUGUGCUUUUCACUAUCUUUACGUACGCUUUUUUUGCGAGAACGUAGCAAACUAGAUUAGUAAACUCAGGACCGGAACUCUAGUCUCAAUGGAAGAGGAUAGCUUUAACACAGAUUAUCACUUCAAUCCCCGUCACCGCCCAAAUGCUUGUUAGCAAGGAUAGGAAGGAGGGA